AUGGCAGUAAUGUUCGUUCGUGCGCUUGUCCUGUUGACGGUGGCGUGCAUGUUGUCCGGCAUUGCAGAGGCCGGACUAGCAUCGACCUAUCUAGCCGCACCGGUAGCAGUCCCAGUAGCAACGGCCUACACCGUUCCUACUCAAGGUGUUCUACGGACGGCCUACAAUCAGGUCGUUGGACGUAGCUAUGCGCCUUCCUUCGUUCCGGUAGCAUCUUCCCUCGCUUACGCAGCGGCCCCCUUGGCUGCUCCCGUUGUAAAAGCUGUCCCAACGGUUUAUGCCGCUCCUCCGCAGCUCGUUGCUGGUCCCGUGCUGAAAACGGUCCGUCCUUAUGCUGUUGAAGCUCCAUUGGCCUAUGCAGCUCCAGCCGUUGCUGCCGUUGCACCGGUUGUCCGAGCUGCCGCAGUUCCUGCUCCAUUCUUCACUCCAUCGGUGCUGUCCACUCGGCUUGCUCCACUUCCAGCCGUUGGUGUAGCUCCAGCAAUCUCACCAGCCAUUCCCUCAGCUCCAGCCCCAUCACUCCCAGGAGUUAUCGAUGCUCGCAGUGCUACUCCGGUCGCAUCCGCUGCACCUGCCCCAAUUCAACGUUCCUUUGUGACGGCAUUUGGAUCUCAGGCAGGAAUCCGGCUCGUGGCAGGAGGUGCAGCGUUUGAAGGUGCGUCCACUAAUGUAGAGAUUGCGCGUGCUGCUCCCGGUGGACAGGAUGAUGCAGCUCAGCAAGGAGCAAGGUCGGCCAAUCCGGCUGCCGCUGCUGCUCCGGCUCCUGCUACACAAGAGAACUUUGGUGUACAACAGCAGACACCUUUCAACGAGUAUGGGCUGCCGGUCCCUGCUGGCACUCCGGUGAAUCCAUAA